AUGUCGGACACCUUCCGCGUCAUCCUCCGGGACGUCGACGGCUUCGAGGGCUUCUCCUCGCGCCAGUUCGACCUCGCCCUCAACGCCAAGUUCCCCAUCGGACGUGCGUCCAAGAACACUGCUAAGCAGGACUUGAUGCCAGCGUCGAACAACGCAUACAUCGAUAGCCCGGUCAUCUCCCGCAACCACGCUGUCUUCACCGCCCACGCAGAUAGUGGCACGCCCCAAGUCUUCGUCACCGAUCUGGGCUCCAUGCACGGAACCAUGGUGAACGGCGAGAGGCUGCCUACCCACAUGCCCAAGCAACUGGCAUCUGGUGACAAGCUGCAGUUCGGUAUCGAUGUCAACCGAAACGAAGGUACGCAACCCACAGCCCCCUCCCUUUCACCAUCUACGAGGAACAGCGCUGACCUACCGUCACCCUCAGAGUUCUUUGUUGCUCGAAAGUAUGAGUUUGAGGCUCGUCUUGACCGUGAGCCGGUGCCCUUUUCCAUGGGCUUCACAGUGCCUGACAGUGAUGGAGAAGACAUUGACGGUACGACCCCUCGCCGUGGCAGCCAACAUAACCCACUCACAAUCGACGAUUCAGACUCGGAAUCCGAAGCUUCUGACAGCGAGCAACCCGACACGACUAUGAUGGGCGAGGACUUCAUAGUCGCCGAUGACGAUGAUGACGAAGAACCUCCUACUGUGACAGACAUCCACUCCAUGAGGGAGACAAUCUCUGGUGCUGCCGAGGACACAGCAUUUGCCAACCAACUUUACUUGGACGUGACCGGUGGAGUCGGCUACUCAUCCAGUGACGACCAAGACGACGAUAUCGAGGAUUUCAACACAGAAGCAUCCGUCAUGGGCGACUCCAUGGCAGCGUACGACUCCGAUUUCGACGGCCGAUCUUUCGAGCCUGAGGUGUCAAUCGGUGAGAUUGUGGAGGACCAGCCGCCGACGCCUGAGUCACUUAACGGCAUGAAGCGGAAGGCAGACGUUCUCGAGGAAGUUGAAGGGAUCACGGCCCCUACCAUUUCAUUGGUUCCAGAACACACCCCAACGACCGAGGCAAGCUUGCCUGUUUCUGGUACAGCCGAUCGCGACAUCGCCGAGACAGCUGCAAUCAUUGCGUCACGGCCCAAGAAGCAGCCCAGGUCUAUCCUACGAAAGAUCAACACAACAGCUAAGUACCUUGGGAUUGGUGCUGCUGGGGCGGCAGGUGCCCUGGCUGUGCUUUCUGCUCUGCCAGAUGCGUUCUUCGUCUAG